GUAGGUAACCCAGAGACGAAUAUCAACAAGAAUCACUUCUGUCAUGAUGAGAUUGCAAAAAGAAAAUCGCUUAAAAGAGAUGAGAUGUGCAUAAGCGAAACUCGUAAAGCUUACCGAAGUGUGUUUUAUAUGCCCAGUGAAAGUUAGUUUACAAUUGGUUAACCAUGCGGCUGACUAUAUAGGUGGGAGUAGAACUAAAAAAAGGAACAGUAAUCGAGGCCGUUGAGUGAAAAUUCAAGUAUUCGGCUUUGGAACACUGGCCUUCAGACGUUGCAACGAAGUCGUUCUUAGCGUUACUAUGUCAUCCGUUGUUGCAUUACUGGCCUUGAUGGGAAACAGAGAAAGUCUUUCUGUGUUUUUGUAGGCUUUUAGCUACUUUGGUGUUUUGAGCUCCAGUGUUUAGGUGACUGUGCAAAUGACAAAAAUAUUUUGCAUCUAAACAACAGGUCCCUUUCUUAAGUACCGUAAUCUUAUCACAACAAUCAUCUUUAGUCAAGAUAUCAAUCAAGUUGCAGCACUGUUGGACCAGUCUCUUUCCUUAUUUUUAGUUGGCAUAUCAGUGAGACAUGGUGUGGCAUGUAAACAUGUGGAAAUAGAACAUCCACAGCUAAUCGUGGCUGGAUAGAACAGUUCCUGAUGGAUACCAAACAAAUCAUCCUUAACUUUUUAGAUAUUCUUCUCAGGGUCCCAUCCCUGUUUAUUCUUGAUGAAAUAUUUCAGUCAAAUUUAGCAGAUCUUGGUUUGUAUCCUUGCACACUUCUACCUCUGCACAAGGAGGCAGAUUUUGACGAUGUUGUGGGAGAUUCAAAUCAUACAUUAUCAAGACCGCUUCACUCAGUAGCCAACUAUGAUUCAGGAGUCUUUGGUAAUCUGAGUCAAAGCCUCAUCAAUGUUAUCGAAUUUGAUGGUACAUCAUCAACAUUCUUCAACAUUGACAUUUCCAUUUGUCAAGGAAUUCUCGGCUUCAGCUUUCAACUAGCUCUGUUACUCUCAGCAACGUGUGCAGCAUUGUUUACAUUGACUUUAUGGACAAAACAUCUUGUUAAGAUCUAUGAAUUUCUUUUCUCCUUGCUGCUUGUCACUGCCAGCUAUCAUUGCAACCAGCAAGCCUCCAUUAGUGUAGCAACAGCAGCUACAGUAUCUCUAAGAUCGUUAUGGAGGCUCGACUUGGAAGCUCUUUUCCGAGCAAUACCUGGCCUAUUUUUCAUUAUUUUGAACAUUGCUACACAGUCGAUACUGGCGUCCGGAUAUCUUGUGGUCAAUUUCGGUCCAUCAAUUCCUGCUCUACAAGCAGUAUUGGCGUUAUGUUUCCUCGUACCUAGUUUGACUGUGAUGAUUCCACUGGAGAGAAACUCCUUCCCUCGCUGGUGCUUUCUACUCCUAUCACUCCAUAUUGCAUUUGUGGUUUGGAGCAACUUUUCCAUGGUCUAUAAAGAAAUAAAGGAUCGGAUCUCUUACGUGGUUUCGUUUAUUCGGGUAGAAGGAUUUAUGGCGCUUGCCGAAGCAGAAUGGCUACGAUUGAAUGUUCCACUUAUUUUCCGCACUUUCUGGAUGAUGCGCGUCGGAAUUCAUUUGUACAUAUACGUGGUUUCCUCAGAGCCUGGUGUUUGGGUCGAAAGUGAUAACCUAAAAACAUUGUUUAAAGUCAUUCUUAUCCGCGGAUGUGAAACCCUACCUGCCAUUCUGGGCAUGUCGUCCAUCUUCUCAUGGCUUGCCGGAAAGUUCUACGUCAUGUGUCAGCUCUUUUUGAUGAUUCCGCAUGAUGAAGUUUCACACGUCGGACCUGUUUCUGCAGUACUGUUUAUAAUUCUAGCCUUUCAAAAUGGAUUGAGCACGUUGCAGCCAGCUGCUCGUAUCGUCCGAUUAGGACGUAACAUUGUUCUUCUUUUGGCUUGCUUUUUGCACUUCGUACACAAUGCAGUCGAUCCAGUUUUGAUGUCCCUUGCUGCCAGUGCCAAUCCCGAUGUGACUCGCCAUGCGCGAGCGUUGGCUGUUAGCGUUGGUCUUACAGUAGUCGCAUUUUGUGGUCUAUACUUUCUCUGGAUGACCCAUUCAAUCAGUACUUGGUUAUUGGCAGUGAGUGGUUUCAGCCUGGAAGUUAUAUGCAAAGUUUUUGCCUCUCUUGCCCUCUAUGGACUUUUCUUAGCCGACGCUAAACUUAGCGAAUUCUGGGAUAAACUAGAUGAUCACGUCUACCGUGUCAGGUUUGCUGGUCGUGUUGUAGAAUUUCUCGUCGGCUUAUUUCUCCUUUGCAACUCUGCCUUCAUCUUGAUUUUUGAAAAUGGUGGAGCUAUUCGCGCUAUCUUAGUGGGAUUUCACGCCUAUUUCAAUCUGUGGUGCGAAGCGCGAGUGGGUUGGAAGAUCUUUACUCGGCGUCGAACAGCCGUUCAUAAAAUAGCGACACUUGAGACUGUUGAUCAACCGGAACUACUUGACGAUGUUUGCGCUAUCUGCUUUCAUGACCUAAAGCCUACCGCCCCUAAUAAUGUAAUGGUUAAAGUAACUCCGUGUCGACAUUACUUUCACGCCGUCUGUCUUCGCAAAUGGUUGUACGUGCAAGAUCGUUGCCCGAUGUGCCACCAAACUCUAUGGUCGCAACUACAUUCUUCUUCCCUGGAUCCUUCUGUCGGCGAAGUCAUAGGUCCACGUUACGAGGCAGACCAAAUGCAAGAACACCUACAUCUGGAUUAGAGCCUGCGUUUACUAAUCAUAAAAAUCUUCGUGCGGUGUAAAAUUUAACGAAUCGCAGAAAAAAUUUUCUGUAAUGUAGUAUUGUUAUUGUCAAUAAUGAAAAUGUCUUUCAUAGAA